GACUUGCCAUAGUAACGUCCUCAAGUCACCACAGCACGACCGUCACCACGUGGAAACCAGCUGUUCCAGCAGGUCUUCUCUGCAAACACCCAUCACACAAACGAUGGCGCGUUUCUUUUAAUCGCCGCGAGUUGGAGAGAUUUUAGCCCUCUAACUUGUGCCAUGCGCUGAGCUCCUGCGUCAGACUUUACGCACCACCGUGCGCCCUGUGUGACUGGAAGCUCUCCGUGAUUUCACAUCCAGAGAUGCUGCAUGCUGAGACUGAAUGAACAUGCAUGCAGGAUUUAAACCGCCACACUGAGUCUCAAAGCCAUCCUGCUCUCUGGUUAUUAAAAGAUUAAAGACAAGCACACGUUUCCUCCUCGCCUCCUCCCCAGCCUCCGCUGUACCUCCCUCCUCAUCCUCUGAAGGAGCUCUUGUGUGUAAGCAGCCAUGCCAAAGAACACCAAGGUGACUCAGCAGGAGCACAGCAAUGAGCCGGUCACCGAGUCCGUGGCGGACCUCCUGUCCCUGGAGCACCCCAUGGAUUAUAAAAGCAGUCAGAUGAGUAUGGGUCUCAGUCCUGGAUCUACUUUGCCAGGAAAGUCCCUUCUCCCCGAGCAGGACCUGGAGGAUGGACGGCCUGCAUGGAACAACAAACUGGAGUACAUCCUGGCCCAGGUGGGCUUCUCUGUUGGUCUGGGAAACGUCUGGAGGUUUCCCUACCUGUGCCAGAAGAACGGUGGAGGAGCAUACCUGGUGCCCUACUUCAUCCUCCUGCUUCUUAUCGGCAUUCCUCUGUUUUUCCUUGAGCUGGCGGUCGGCCAGAGGAUCAGGCGGGGCAGCAUCGGGGUGUGGAACUACGUUUACCCUCGGCUGGGUGGUAUCGGGGUCUCCAGCCUCAUGGUUUGCGGUUUUGUCGGCCUCUAUUAUAACGUAAUCAUCGGCUGGAGCAUCUUCUAUUUCUUCCAGUCUUUCCAGUAUCCUCUACCUUGGGCUGAGUGCCCCAUCACAAGAAAUGGAUCCCAAGCCAUUGUAGAGCCAGAAUGUGAGAAAAGCUCAGCCACAACCUACUUCUGGUACCGCGAGACUCUUAACAUCACCAGCACCAUUGAUGACACCGGCGGCCUGAACUGGAAGAUGACCCUGUCCCUGUUGGUGGCCUGGAUCCUGGUCUGCCUGGCCGUCAUCAAAGGCAUCCAGUCCUCUGGAAAGGUGAUGUACUUCAGUUCCCUCUUCCCGUAUGUGGUGCUCUUCUGUUUCCUGGUCCGAGGCCUGCUGCUGAAGGGUGCCGUGGACGGCAUCGCUCACAUGUUCACGCCCAAGCUGGAGAAGAUGCUGGAGCCACAGGUGUGGAGAGAAGCAGCCACGCAGGUCUUCUUCGCCCUGGGUCUGGGCUUCGGAGGCGUCAUCGCUUUCUCCAGCUACAAUAAACGAGACAACAACUGCCACUUUGAUGCAGCGCUGGUUUCCAUCAUCAACUUUGUCACCUCCAUCUUGGCCACCUUGGUGGUAUUUGCCGUGCUGGGCUUCAAAGCCAAUGUCAUGAACGAGAAGUGUGUUGUUGAGAAUGCGGAGAAGAUUCUGGGUUACCUGAAUUCGGGUGUCCUGAGCAGAGAGCUGAUUCCUCCUCACAUCAACUUCUCCCACCUGUCAGCUCAAGAUUACUCAGAAAUGUAUGGAGUCAUCCAAACAGUGAAGGAGGACAACUUUGCCCAGUUGGGUCUGGACCCGUGUGCCCUGGAGGAUGAACUGAACAAGGCGGUACAGGGCACUGGCCUGGCCUUUAUCGCCUUCACAGAAGCCAUGACCCACUUCCCCGCCAGUCCCUUCUGGUCCGUCAUGUUCUUCUUCAUGCUGAUUAACUUGGGCUUGGGGAGCAUGAUCGGAACCAUGACCGGCAUCACCACACCCAUUCUGGACGCUUUCAAGGUCCGCAAGGAGAUCCUGUGUGUGGUUUGCUGUGUGAUCGCCUUCCUGUUGGGCUUGCUGUUUGUGCAGCGUUCAGGGAACUACUUUGUCACCAUGUUUGAUGACUACUCCGCCGGUUUGCCUCUCACAGUGGUGGUGAUCCUGGAGAACAUCUCUGUGGCCUGGAUCUACGGCACCAAGAGGUUCAUGCAAGAUCUGGAAGACAUGCUUGGCUUCAGGCCGUAUGCUUUCUACUUCUACAUGUGGAAAUAUGUGUCGCCUGCCAUCUUGGUGGUGCUAAUUGCUGCUACCGUCAUCGAGAUGGCCAUCAGUCCUGCAGGAUACAACGCCUGGGUAGAAGCUGAGGGCUCAGAGCGUUUCCAUAGUUACCCUCCCUGGGCUUUAGCCAUGGCUUACGCCCUUAUCGUGGUUGCCAUGCUGCCUUUACCCAUCAUCUUCAUCGUCCGCCACUUCAACUUGAUCUCAGACGGCUCAAACAAGUUGUCCGUCUCCUACCGUAAAGGCAUGAUGAAGGACAUCUCCAACCUGGAAGAGCAGGACGAGCAGCGCUUCAUCCUCAACAAGAACCCCAGCGAGGCUCCCUCCCCCAUGCCCCCCCACCGCGCUUACCUGGGCCCCGGCGGCACCCAAGAGAUGACCAACACCAACUAUGGCACCAGCACCAAGACGGGCUACCAGAACAUUGGCUCGCCCGAGUCUGAGCUAUGAUCAGCUGAGCUUGUGAAACCAGUAAGCUCCGCCCACAUUGAAGAGAGGAAGUAAAGAGGCUUGCAGCAUUAGUCACACAUUAACCCCCAGAGAUAAAGUCAUCUAGCCCUGUCUCUGCUCCAUCACUUGUGCAGAGGCAGGGAGGAUAAACACUCAACUCUGGCCGAGGUUAAUGAGUGUCUGGUGCUGUUCUGUUGUUCUCUGUGUGUUUACCAGUGUGUGUUUUUUCUGGUUCAUUUGAGAAGAUUGUUAAAUGUGGCAAUAGAAUGGAAGGAGAAUCAAAAAACACAUAUCUGAUCAGUAUGAGAUCAUCUCUCAUGUAAAGCAUCACAAAAGCAUCCAUAGCAGUAUGUAGUCGACGUUUCAGAUCCAUACUUUUACUGUGCCUAUCACUCAUCAGCAAUAAUCUGUGGCUGCAAAGUCCUCACAGAAUGUCAGAUCUCCUUCUAGCUCUAUCCCCCCACAGAUGUACAUUAGAAACCUGUAUAUAUAAGUAGUGCAAUAGUCUCAGACAUCACUUUUAAGUCAUGCAGAAUGAUGAGCAGCAGCUUUGACUCCAACCUUAACCUGACACAGAAGCACAGACCGUUUUAGACCAUCUCUGAGCCUUAAAACAGAAUAACAUUUAUUUUAAACAACCGUUUGGUAAGAAGGGCCAUGGAGUUGUUGCCAGCAGACCAAGACAGAGCUUUUUAACGUCAAUCAAUCACUUUGAUCAGCCUGUUUUAAUGAAUGCCUUAGAAGGGCUGGGUGUGAAUCGCAGAUGCAGAGCAGAAAGGAGCUUUGGAUAGAACAAGACUGCACACACACACACAUGCAUGUCGGUGUGUUGUCUGCUGCUAAAUGAGACCUCCUUGUGACCUGGUCUGUUUAAAAAUAGAUCUGUGUAACCCAGGGAAAACCAUGGCAAUGCUCUGUAGAAACAGACACCUAGCUUUGUCUGCUCCUGCCAGAAUCCCUCACCAGUCUCGUCUUGGUGUAUUGAGAGGUGGUUCACUGCCAUGCUGUGCUGUGGAUCAGUCAUAAUUCUUGAUGUUUAACAUUUGUACAUUCCUCUAAUUGUGAGCACAUCAUGCCAUCAGCACUACAAGCUACACUUUUAUGUCUUUUAGUGAUCCAAAGUGUGAAAACAAAGCUUUUUCUUACAUUAUUUAUAUUCUUGUAUGACAGUGAAAAUGUACUGUGAUUUAAAUGUUUGGAGUAAGCAGUAGUAUAUGGGUUUAACCACUAGGUGUCGCUGUCGGGCAGCAGUGACACUGAUUUCUUCUUGGCCCCUCCCUGAGAGGCACCGGUACUUGAGACUGGGCAGAAGUGGAGGAAGCUCAGUCAGCCACUGUUUGGUGCCUGAACAGCAUCUCUGUUAUCUGUUUGCCUUAUGUUUCUGUCAUUUUAUGCUUAUUAUUUUCAUUUGUGUGCAUUUGAAGCAAAGUUUUGUCUCAGUCACUUGAGCACUUUAAUUAGGUACAGACCCUGGAGUUGUUUGUUAAGCACAAAUUUGUUUCAAAUUAAGACAAGGGAAAUUAUUGAUUUAUAUGAAGAGGAGAGAAGUGGAUGUGCACUAAAGGCACAAAGGGAAAUCUGUAGUUUCUUAUCAUUGUGAGAAAAUUCUGUUUUAAUGGAGGGUCGUGUUUGCUUUUAGGAAGGGGAAAAUUUCCUAAUUAUUCAUCAUCAUUGCGUUAAAUCUCUAAACUGUGACUUUUACAUGCAGAGUUCUGACGUGAUGAAUUUUUUAACUCAUAAUUUUAACUUUUUUUUCAUAAAUGUGAAUUUCUACCUUAAUAAUGAAUCUUUACAAAAAUAUGAUGGCAUAGAAACGUAGAAUUAAAAAAAUAAUUCACUAAUGAUUGAUUUUAAGCACAAUGUUGUAAAUCAUAAUUAAUUCUUCCAAAUUAAUCAACAUAUAACACAUAAUUAGGACCUUGACUCUAACAAAUGUGACUUUGCAUGUUUUGAUUAUGAUUUUUAAGCUCACAAACAUAAUCAUCAUCAUCAUCAUCAUCAUCACAAUCUUAAAAUUAUGACGUGACUUAUUUUUAUCUCAUGUGGAUUUAGGCAUUUAGGUUUUUUCUUUAUACCAAUUAUUUUUGGUACAUUCCUUUUCUGUUAAGUUUGUUGCACUAUGCCCCAGUUUUUAUUAUGAGGCCAUUAAACAAAAAACCCUAAAAUUUAUCAUUUUCCCUGACAUGUUGUUUUCCAGCAUCCCCAUAAGCACACAGGUAAAAAUAAGCAUUACAGCCAAUUUAAGUACGUGUACUGACUGUAAAAGCACAAAAAUUAGAAUAACUAGUAUAUUUUAAUUACUAACUUUAAGUAAAUAUCUAAACUAAUCAGAUAUUUUUCACAAUUAGUCAAAUUUGAAAAUCAAAUGUUCACAUGUUUCCUAUAAAAACACGACUGAAGCACCAAUCACAGAUGGCUCAUAUAGUGAAGUGUUUGUGCACAAAUAGCAGCUUUUGCGUGGCAUUAAAGCACAUUUUCGGAAAGUACAGAACCAGCAGCACACGGGACAUGUUAUUUAUUGGUUUUUGUGGGAUACCGUAGGAAAACUUAAGGAUCAGGUUCCAAGAGGUCACUUUUGACAAAGCUGCAGAAUAAAAGGCACCACCAUUUUCAAGCAGCAUCUGCUUAACUGGAGCACAAUCACAGCCUGGGAGCUUUAUUUCAAUGUGCUACAUCUUUUUGAUGUUGCAAAAAGAUUCAUUUUAACCAAGACAAAUUAAAAAAUCUCCCUGAUCAUUUUUAAACUCUUCUGGAAACUCUCUGCUAUUACUUACCUGUAAUUAUUUGUCCCAAAAACAAAAACUCCAACUCCAGGGUCUCCCCGUCUCGUCCGUCUCUGCUGUGUCGCCAGACAACUUGUAGAUUUUACCUGAGUUCAGACACAAAGUCGAUUUAUUUCAGCGUGCAGAUAGUCUUUAUGUGACCAAACAGAUAUAUUUAUAGUAUUUAAGAGGAUGUAUUUAAUCUGUACAUAUUGAUGUACAUUCUGAUAAAUUCACACUGAUUAUCUAUUUAGUGAGAAAGUGGCUGACAGGGUGUAAACUUCAGCUGUAAAUAAUAAUUGUAUAUUUUCAGAUAUUUUUUUGAUUCUUGUAAAGUUGGUAAUGUUUCAUUGGUGUCUGCUGGUUUCAAGUGUUUGUGUGUGUGGUUGUUUUUGGUAAAAUAGCUGAGCGCCUGUGUGUGUGUGUGUGUGUGUGUGUGUGUGUGUGUGUGUGUGUGUGUGUGUGUGUGUGUGUGUGUGUGUGUGUGUGUGUGUGCGUGUGUGCGUGUGCGCGCGCGCGUGUGUGUGUGUGUGCGUGUGUGCGCGUGCGUGCAUGUGUGUGUGUGUGUGUGCGUGUAUGCGAUCCUGUGUGUGUGCAGAAUAAAUGUACUUGUAGGUUUUUGGUGUUUGGCUCUGUGUUUUUCUCCUCCUUCAGUGUUGUGUGCUGCUUAUCUAAACCAGUACAUGUUGUUGCCGUGGAGUGGGACCACUAAUGUAAAAAGCAAUCUCCUCUCUGUGCUUCUCACUCGAACGGCGUCCAGCACAAAACUGGAAACACAUUCAGGAAGAAACGUUUGACUGUAAAUGAUAAGAUGGAAAGCUUUGAUUUUGGGCUGAAGAGAGACGACGUGUAACGACACAAGAGUGGAGAUGAUUAAAGUAACCACUUUGAUUCAACAGA